UCUUUCCUGUUGGGAAUAAAGUACCAGAGACUCAGCUUCCUUCCUUUCUGCAUGUGGCCUUGGAGAGGGCGGGACCUUGGAGGGAGGAGGGAGCUCCUGGGCAGAGAGGUGGGACAGAGGCUUCCUUGGGGAGAGGAAGUCCCUUGCUGCAUGCUGAGGUGUGGGUCUCAUGAGCCAGUGGUGGGAGUACCCAGCUCUGCCAAGAGGGCAAGGGGAGAGGGCCAUCCUCAAGGCCAAGGCUAUCUGUGGAGAAGGGAGAACUAGACGCCCGGCCAAGCCUGGUGAGUUCCAUAUCAAACUGUCCUCUGCAACUCAGAACAGGAGCGGUGUCCAGUGGAGGCCCAUGCCUACCCUGUUUCACUUGCAUCUGAGGGGCAAAACUGAGAAACCCGGCAGGCAAAGUUGUCUCAGGUUCCUUCCCAUCACACCCACCUCCCUCUCAUUUCCUGAGGGGGCUGGGCAAGAACCUUCCUCUUCCUUCUCAGCGGGGCCUAGACGGAGGCUGCAGCUCAGAGGAGCUCCCACUCUACUUGCUCUAACCUGGACCUUCGCCCCCAUUCCUACCUCCGCUCCGGCUCCUCCAGCCAUGGACUCAGCAGCCAGGGACAAAAUGCAGCCCGCACUUCCCCCUGGCUCUUCCUGCCCAGGGCCUGAGUGGCCGGAGCAGGAGAGGGCGGAGCAGCUGGCCCGGGGUGCAGCACUCAAGUGGGCCUCGGGCAUCUUCUACCGGCCAGAGCAGCUGGCCAGGCUCGGCCAGUACCGUAGCCGCGAGGUGCAGCGUACCUGUUCCCUGGAAGCACGCAUCAAGUCGGUGGUGCAGUCAUACCUGGAGGGCGUGAAGACCGGCGUGCGGCAGCUGGCCUGGGCCCUUGAGGCUGUGCAGGGAGCCCGCGAAGCCCUGGGCCAGGCUCAUGGGUUGCUCUGGGGUAUGGCUGAGGCUGCACAGACCCUAGAACCCCUGCGGGAGCAGGUUGUGCAACACAAGCAACUGCAGGCCAUGUCUCAGCUGCUGCCCCGGCUGCGAGCUGUGCCUGCUGCAUUGGCCCGCACGCAGAGCCUGAUUGAUGCCCAGCGACUCUUGGAGGCAUAUGUGAGCCUUCGGGAACUGGAGCAGCUGCAAGAGGAGACAUGGGCACCUCUCGGGGGCCUGGAGUUGCCAGUGUUCGAGGGGCUGGGCCCUCUGGCUGAGGCUCUGGGCCAGGCUGUGGAGGCGGCUGCAGGGGCUGCAGGGCGGCUGGCACGGGAGGAUCCAGCCCUGUUGGUGGCUGCUAUGCGUGUGGCCGAAGUGGACGCUGGGCGCACAACCUCCCUGGAGCAGGCCGCCCGGGACUGGCGGCAGCGCUGUCUGCGGGCACUACAGGAGGGCUUGGAGCAGAUCCACUUUGGGACGUCUCUGCAGCCUGGGCCAGGGGCACUAGCAGAGUGGCUGGAGGCUCUGCGGGUGGCUCUACCAGCAGAGUUGGCCGCGGCUGAGGCACUGGUAGCACCCUGCUGCCCACCACACUACAACGUGGUCCGGCUGUGGGCCCACACCCUGCACAGCGGCCUGCGCCGCUGCCUGCAGCAACUCCUGGAAGGGCCUCAGCUGGAAGCUGCCGAUGCCUUCACCUUGCUGCAUUGGGCACUGCAUGUGUACCUGGGGCCAGAAAUGAUGGGGAGCCUGGAAUUAGGGCCCGAGGCUGAUGUGUCUGAUCUGGAGCCCCUCCUGACCCUGGAGAACAUCGAGCAGUUGGAGGCAAUAUUUGUGGCCAAAGUCCAGGCAAGUGUGGCCCAGUGGCUGCAGAAGGCACUGGACGGGGAUGUAGCUGAGUGGGGCCGAGAGCAGGAGCCUGACACAGACCCAUCUGGCUUCUACCACUCACCAAUGCCAGCCAUCGUGCUGCAGAUCCUGGAAGAGAACAUUCGCGUGACCAGAAUGGUCAGUGAGUCACUGCAGCGGCGGAUGCAUGGCAUGGCACUGUCAGAACUGAGCGCAUUCCUGAGGAGCUUCAGUGAUGCUCUGAUCCGAUUCUCCCGAGACCACCUCAGGGGGGAAGCAACGGCCCCUCAUUACGUGCCCUACCUACUGGCCACCCUCAACCACCAAUCAGCACUCAGCUCCUCCGUGUCCGUCCUGCAGCCCGACUGGGUGGCUCCAGGGGCCUUGGCUCCGGUGGAGGCAGCGCUGGACGAGUUGCAGAGGAGGAUCUGCCGCCUGGUGUUGGAGGCGCUGCUGGCGGAGCUACAGCCCCUAUUCGCUGCUCUGCCCUCUCGCCGGUGGCUGUCGAGCCCAGAGCUGCUGGAUGACGUGUGCGAGCGGACCGCGAGCUUCUGCCAGGACUUCCGACACGUGCGGGAUCCUGCGGUCCAGCUGCUGCUGGCCGAGGCGGAGCGUACCGUGGUGCUGCAGUACCUACGUGCGUUGAUGCAAGGCCGCCUAGUGUGCCGCGGUGCUGACGAGCGGACCCAGGCGGCCGAGCGCCUGCGGCACGAUGCCGCCCAGCUUCGGGAGCUUUUCCUCGGUUUGGUGAGAAUCUGGGGCCUGGAAGAGAGCGUUCAGUGCGCGCCAGUGCUGCUCGCCUUGAGGGAGCUGCUGAACCUCCGGGACCUCACGCUGCUUGGUCUCGAGGUGGCAGGCUUGCGGCAACAAUUUCCCGACGUGAGCGAGGAUCACGUCUCCGCCCUCUUGGACCUGCGCGGGGACGUGUCCCGAGAGCAGCGCCUGGCCGCACUCAGCUCUCUGCAGGCCGGGCCGCAGCCCUCGCCCCCAGCGGGUGGACGCGCACUCUUCAGCCUCGUGCCAGCACCUGCACCCCCGCUGUCCUCCUGUCUCCCCUCGGGGUCCUGUGCCUGACCCCCGGCUGCCCGCAGAAUAAAGCCACGGCCCCCGUACGCCUGAAUUGUGUGCGUUGGAGAAGGGGGGAUAGAAAUAAAAGUCCCCGCGAAGGUCAGGGGUUCCAAGUGCAGUGAC